AUGCCAGGAAGACUUUCUUGGUUCCUUUUCCUCUUGAUUGGGAGUCUCUCCUGGAACCCCUCGAGCUCUCCAGCUUCGUUGAAGACCCUCAAGUUCACAGCUCCAAAGGCUUCUCCUGAAGCAGUGGAGACAUCCAGUGGAGUCUAUGAGGUCAAGAGAGGCCAGCCACUAGACUGGUGGCAUGCCUACAACUUCUGUGACCAGCGUUUUGCCCAGCUGGCUUUGGAGCUCCCACAUGAGGCUGUGACUGAGCUACUUCAAGGACAAGUACAAGGUCCAAUCUGGGUGGGCCAGAAAACAGUCUUGCUACGGAGACCCCAACAAAGGCGUACACACAUGCUGCCAAGUCUGGUGUUUGAGAUGCAGACAGCCACAAAAUAUGCCAGGCUGCUGGUGGAUUUUCCCUUGUUGGCUGCCAUCACAGUCUGUGCCCAUGUACAGUGGAACUCAGCUGUGGACAAGGUGGGCACCAUCUUCUCAUACGCUGCCCCAACCUUCGCCAAUGAGCUUCAGCUUCGUGGUUUCACUGCCCACAAUGGACUGGUUCACUUGGCCCUGGUUGUCCAUGGACACCAUUCUCCGUACCUGCCCGUCUUUUCUGCAGAUGAGAGGUGGCACCAUAUUUGUGCCACCUGGGAGGAAAGGAGUGGCCACUGGGCUCUCAUGGCCGAUGGCAACCUGCAGGCAGGAGCCCAGAGCCUGUCCCCAGCCCAACCCUUGGCUCCUGGAGGCGUGUUUGUCAUUGGGCAGGACCAGGACUCCUUGGGUGGUGGCUUCAAGGAAGAAGAGGCCUUCGGGGGCAACAUUACAAGUCUUUAUGUAUGGGCCCGAGUACUAGGCCUGGAGCAGCUGGAUAUGGCCCGAGUAUGCGAGACCCCUGAAGAUGGGCUUCUUUUUGGCUGGGAUCGCUGGACCCUGGAGAUCGAACCCACCCUCCAAGAGGUUGUGUUGCCUUUCACAUGCCCUGUGCCCCUAGAAGAGUGCCCAACUUUGGAUGCUGCCAGUGGAACAUUGGGUUCUGAGUGGUGUCUACAGUCUCUUCCUUUCCUCUGCCAUUACAGGCCAGAGGUCUAUCAGCGACUGAAAGAAAUCCAGGAAACAUCCGAUGGGGAGUUUAUCAGCCGGGUCAACGCUCUGGCCAAUGCUAACAUGCUUUCCAGAGAUUUUUUUCAAGAAGAUAUUGGGUCUCUGAGUGUCCCUGAGGCUACCAGCUUCUUGGGGGUCCUGGAACAGGCCCUGGCAGCAGAGGAGACCCCCUUGCAGCCGGCUGACCUGCUUGCUGUCGUGAGCUUCCUGAAGAGGGUUGUUGCCAUCAAGGUCAGAGAUCAAGAUCCCUACGGGCAGCAGGAACAUCUCAGCCAGAGCUUCUUGGCAGUGGUUGGCCUGCUUUUGGAAGAACAAACCAAAGCCCAGUGGCUGGAGAUUAAAGAGAUCAUUAGAAGUCCCAUGGUCCUGGUGGAGAGUGUAGAGCAUCUUGCCAUCAGCCUGAGCCUGCUCCUCACAUCUGAGAGAUCCAACAUCUCUAUCCAGAAGGGCCCCAUUGGCAUCAAAGUUCGAAGCCUGAACCUGAGAGACUUGGCCAGUGGUGAUUUAUUAGAGAUUCCAGGAAGGCCAGAAUAUAUCCAAGUGCCCUUUGAGGAAGUGAGAAGACUUCAAGGGAGAGGUCUCUCCGAAGUCACUGUGAUCAACACUUGGUUUGCCUACAGUGCCCUCCAGCACACCUUGGGGUGGGAAGAGCAGGAAAGUGGCAAGGUCCUUACCCAAGAUGUCUCCAAAUCUGAUGAAAGGCAAAAGUACCUAAGCACCCAGGUGGGGUCAGCCAUCAUCUCAUCCACAAUUCUGGGACACCUCCAGGUGUUCAGCACAGCUGUGCAUUACCAUCUUCUACACCAGGCCCAGGGGUUUUCAGAUAAACUGGUGGAGCCUGUCUGUGCCUUCUGGAAUUUCAGCACCAGCCCUGAGGCUAGAGGCUCCUGGUCCAACAAAGGAUGUUCAGUGAUUGCUCAGCACCAAGAAUCUACAUCCUGUUUCUGCAACCAUAGCACCAACUUUGCCAUCCUCUUACAGGUGUAUGAUCUCCAGAGGAGCUCUGAGGAGGAGUCUGUGUUGAAGACGCUUUCUUUCAUUGGCUGUGGCGUGUCGUUUUGUGCCCUCAUCACCACCUUCAUCCUUUUCCUGGCUGUUGGGCUCCCACAGUCCGAGAGGACCACCGUUCACAAGAACCUUAUCUUUGCUCUAGCGGCUGCUGAAGCCCUUCUCAUGUUCAGCGAAUGGGCAAAAGCCAAAAAGGUGACGUGCAUGGUACUGACAGCCCUCUUGCACCUCUUCUUCACGGCUGCCUUCACCUGGAUGCUGGUCGAGGGCCUCCUGCUAUGGAGUAAGGUCGUAGCUGUCAACAUGAGCGAGGGCCGGAGGAUGAAACUUUACUACGUGAUAGGCUGGGGUCUCCCCGUGGUCAUUGUAGGUAUCACUCUGGCUUCCUCCUUUGAUGCCUACAUGGCUGAUCGCCACUGCUGGCUGAGCUUACAGAAUGGGGUCAUCUGGGCCUUUGCAGGACCUGUCCUUUUUGUACUGACUGUAAAUACCUUCAUCUUGUUCCGAGUGGUGAUAGUCACUGUGUCCAGUGCCCGGCGACGUUCCAGGAUGCUGAGCCCCCAACAUAGCCUGGAGAGACAGAUUGGAGUCCAGAUAUGGGCAACAGUGAAACCUGUGUUAGUGUUACUGCCAGUUCUGGGCCUUACGUGGCUGGGCAGCAUGCUGGCCCACCUCAGCAUGGCAUGGGCAUAUGUGUCCAUCAUCCUCAACUCUUUCCAGGGGCUGUACAUCUUCCUGGUCUAUGCCGUCUACAAUAGCGAGGUUAGACAAGCCAUACAGAGGAUGAAAGAGAAAAAGAAGGCUCUCUUGUUCACACCUCCCGACUCCAGCUUCCUUGGAGCUAUCCUGAGGACAUACCCAAGCUAGUGAGGGAUUUGUGGCUUACAGAACUGUUCCCGACCAAUAAACUACUCAAGAAACCCCAUGAACACUGCUUCCUGGGAGAUGAAGAAAGGAAAUCCCCCUGGCCUCGCCCGCAGCACCUCUGCCGCAGCCCCAGCCACCCCAGCUCCUCUCCAAAGAGACAUCGCCCAGCAAGGGAAUUUUGGCGCCAAAAUCCCAGUGGGCAUUUCAUCCAUCAUGUCACUGGAAAAAUCAAUGGAGAAACGGAGGCCCAGAGAGGAAGAAGGUCACAGGAGGAGACCAGCAGUGGAGCUGACAGCAUUCAAAUCCUCAGGUAGGAGAUGGAAAGAGGAAGGAAUAAAAGCUUUACUGGGGCUGGGGGCUGGAGAGGAACUGGCCCAGGGCCAAAGCUCAGAAGUGAGCAAACUGGCUCUGCUCAGGAGCUUAGGGACAGCUCUGGAAGUUCUGGGGUGGUGCAGAAUGGAGACUAUCUCCCAGGGAGCUGCUCCAACUCAUCCCCCAACCCCCACUCAGUUCCUGUUCCAUGGCUGCCACCCCUAG